AUGUUUCUAAAUAAUUCACAAAGUCAACACCGAAUAGCCAAUGGUACUAUAGGCAUUAUAACAGAUCUUGAUCUAAAUACAAAUAUUAUAUAUGUCAGUUUCUGCGUUGAAGGUGCCAUAGUAAAUGUUUCAUUUACCAAAAUUACUACCAAUUUUGAAAUUGAUAGUCUACCUGCAAGCUGUACUCAAUAUCCCAUACAAAACGCAUUUGCAUUAACAGUUUACAAAACCCAAGGCCUAACCCUUCCUGAUGUAUCGCUAAACUUAGAUAAUCAAAUAUUCGAAUCUGGUCAGGCUUACGUUGCACUGAGUCAUUGCACUAAAUUGACCAAUAUAAAAAUACAUUCAUUAAAUCGUUCCACAUUCAUGACAAGCCCUUCUAUGAUCAAAGAAUAUGAUCGAUUAGAACUUAUCGCUCUUGAUCCACUAACGUUAAAUAACAUACCAUAUUGCAAUUCUAUAUCAACAUAA